GCUCCUGAGCCGCGGGGCCGCGCGGCCUCGACAAUGGCGACCCAGGCGAAGCGCCGGCGGGUGGCUGGGCCUGUGGGCGGUGGCGACGCGGACCCGGACCCGGUGGUCGGUUUCCUGAGCUGGUGCCGGCAGGUGGGGCUGGAGCUGAGUCCCAAGGUGAGGAGGCGGGGGUGCGGGCGGGCGCGGCGGGGGCGCAGGCCCGCUCUGACCGGCCUCUCCCCCGUCCAGGUGGCGGUGAGCCGGCAGGGCACGGUGGCCGGCUACGGCAUGGUGGCCCGGGAGAGCGUGCAGCCCGGGGAGCUGCUGUUCGCCGUGCCGCGGGCCGCGCUCCUGUCGCAGCACACCUGCUCCAUCGGCGGCCUGCUGGAGCGAGAGCGAGGCGCGCUGCAGAGCCAGUCGGGCUGGGUGCCGCUGCUGCUGGCGCUGCUGCACGAGCUGCAGGCCCCGGCCUCGCCCUGGAGCCCCUACUUUGCGCUCUGGCCGGAGCUGGGCCGCUUGGAGCACCCCAUGUUCUGGCCCGAGGAGGAGCGCCGGCGACUGCUGCAGGGCACAGGCGUACCGGAGGCCGUGGAGAAGGACUUGGCCAACAUCCGCAGCGAAUACUAUUCCAUCGUGUUACCCUUCAUGGAAGCCCACCCGGAUCUUUUCAGCCCCAGGGUUCGCUCCCUGGAACUCUACCGCCAGCUCGUGGCUCUUGUGAUGGCCUACAGCUUUCAGGAACCACUGGAGGAAGAGGAGGAUGAGAAGGAGCCAAACUCCCCUUUGAUGGUGCCUGCUGCAGACAUACUAAACCACUUAGCCAAUCAUAAUGCCAAUCUAGAAUACUCUCCAAAUUGUCUUCGGAUGGUGGCCACUCAGCCCAUUCCUAAAGGCCAUGAAAUUUUCAACACUUACGGGCAAAUGGCUAAUUGGCAGCUGAUUCAUAUGUAUGGUUUUGUUGAACCAUAUCCUGACAACACGGAUGACACAGCUGACAUUCAGAUGGUGACAGUUCGUGAAGCAGCAUUACAGGGAACAAAAGCUGAAGCUGAAAGGCUCCUACUGUAUGAACGCUGGGAUUUCUUAUGCAAACUGGAGAUGGUUGGGGAAGAGGGAGCCUUUGUGAUUGGGCAUGAGGAGGUACUGACCGAAGAGGAACUGACCAGCACACUCAAGGUCCUAUGCAUGCCUGCUGAGGAGUUCAGAGAGUUUAAAGAGAAGGAUGGAUGGGGAGAUAAAAGGGAAGAGGACAGCUUGACAAUCACAAAUAUCCCCAAUCUCAAAGCAUCAUGGAAACAGCUUCUUCGGGACAGUGUUUUGUUGACCCUGCAAACCUAUGCCACAGACUUAAAAUCUGAACAAGAUUUACUCAGUAACAAGGAGGUCUACACCAAACUCAGCUGGAGGGAGCAGCAGGCCCUGCAGGUUCGCUAUGGUCAGAAGAUGAUCUUACAUCAGUUGUUGGAACUGACAAGUUAGCAGGUUCCGUGGUGCCUGAAGGAACAUCGAUGAGAAGAACUUUAAUAUCAUCAGAGGUGGUGUGCUAGGGUUAACUCAGAGGUAAGGGUGAACUGUUUAAAGACUGGGCACAGCAGACUUGGAAACUGCUGGCGGUUUACUAAAGACCAAUAAAUCUUAAAACUGCUUUGUUCUGUUUGAACCAGAGUUAGCAGAAAUGUGACAGUAUUGUUUUCGUUGUAGUCUAGCAUUUAAUAACAUGGACUCUGAAAGGAGACCUGGGUGUAUUUUGAGCAAGCUUUUUUCCAAGACUUAGUUUCCUGUUCGAGGGUUUGACGAGCUCUGGUCCUGGCACUCAGCAGUCUGAAGUUUGCUCUAGAUGGCACAAAACUCACCCUUAAGGGAAGAAACCCUAAGACACCAAUGACGUUCAAACCUUACUCGUUAAAAUUUCUAUUUAAUCUCGAACCUUUUUGUCCUCUGUGGCUGUAAAACUUGACAAUCAUUAAAGGUAAGGUGUAUUUUAA